AUCGAAGGCUGCGUGGAGAGACAGUGGCGAGGGGUGUUGGAGACCAAAUUUGAAGCAAUCCGGCCUUGGUCGCCAAUUGAGGUUUGACAUUGCUUCUCGUCAACUUGAGAUAUCGUGAUCGCGUCCUCACCCCCCUUACGCUGUGCAUCGAACCGGACAAGCUAGCUUCACCUGCAUACCUAAUUGGCGUCAACUUUCCCGCAACGGCCGAGUCAUAAGUCGCGCAGCACCAUGUCGAAGCUACCGACGGUCGACGGGAUUCCCAUCCCCCCCAUCAACCUCGGAUCCGAGGACCCUCCGCUGGACAAGAUGAGUGAUGGCAAGAAGCUGGAAAAGGCCAAGGAGAUCACUGUUUCGGCGCCGUCGCGCUUCUCUCUGCGCAUGUCGGCGGGUUGGUGGCGGUCGCUGCAGUACAUUGGCAUGUCGCUGCACUUUCUCGCGUCCCCACGCCCCCCGAAUCCCGCCUUUUCGCGAUCCGUCCGGUCCACCGUGUCAAAAGUGAAGGGGAAUUUCGAUCUCCAGUUUUAUACGCCCAAGGGAUACAAAGAGGCAAAGAAAAGCGGCAGCACCUUUCCCGCUGUGGUGAACUUCCACGGCGGCGGCUUUACCAUCGGCAACGCCACCGACGAUGCCAGAUUCGCCCGAUUCGUUCUCGAGACGUGCCAAGCCGUAUUUGUGUCGGUCGACUAUCGGCUGAGCCCUGAGCACCCUUUCCCAGUUGCAGUAGACGACGGCGCGGACGCCAUUCUCUACGUGAUUCGAAAUGCGGCCGAGUUGCGCAUUGAUCCGAGCAAAUUGGCGACUUCGGGGUUCUCUGCGGGAGGAAACAUCGCCAUCACUUCGGCGCUCCGCUUCUCUGAGCACGUCAAGUCUUUAGCAAGGACGUCUCGCUCGUCGUCUGCGGCGGCCGUCCCCGACCACCGUCUCCGUGCCAUCGCGACAUGGUACCCCAUUACCGAUUACACGUUAUCUCGCGCCGAGCGCCGCGCGUCGUCGAUCCGACCCGACCAGACACUCCCCCCCACGCUGACGACACUCUUCGACUCGUCCUACCUGUACCCGCCCGAUCUGAAACUGGACGAUCCCUUCCUCUCCCCGAGCAAAGCGAGCGACGAGCUGUUGAUGGAAGGCAUCCCCCCGAAUGUCAUCUUUUACACAUGCGAGUGGGACAUGCUGCUGCGCGAGGGAGAUGAGUUUGCCAAGCGGCUCGGGAAGGAGCCCAUCGACAAGAACGUCCGCUACAAGAUGAUUCCGGGAGUCCCGCACGGCUGGGAUAAAUCGCCGGACCCCGUGAAGCCGGCGGCGGAUUCCGAAAAGCUGUACCUGGAGUGCUGCGAGGCGCUGAAAGAGAUAUUUGCUGCUGAGCGACUUUGACCGGCGGUGCAUACGAGCGUGGUUUGGGUGCGCGUAGAGAGACACUGCGGUGAUUUCACGCAAAAGCUUCUUCCAACCCACUUAAUCAGGGUUGGUUCCAGGAGUCACCUGGAGAUGGGGCAGUAGUAAGUUAACGCCUCUAAGCCUAUGCAGUAGCUGUGUACUGAUUCAAUAGAAUGCGAAGCUAAUUAAUAGAAUGCGAAGCUA